AUGGCCGCCGCUCCGGCCGUGCGCGCACUGCAGCAUGCGGCGCUCUUGGACGAGUUGCCGCCGUCGGAUACAUUGAAUGCGCUCCUCGCACGCCAUGUGCCGAGCUACAAACGGACGCGAAGCGAGGCGCUCCCACGGGGAUCCGCGGCGCCGGCGGAGGCGGCGGCCGAGGCGAUCCACGCGGACCACUGGCGCCGCGUCGCGGUGGUGGCUGCCGAGUGCAUCCAGGCGGAGAAAGGCGAAGUGAACGAAGCGGAUCUCGAACACCUCUUGGCAUGGUGGCACCUGCGCUGGACGGCGCUGUGGAAACUGCGCCUCUUUACGCUCGUGCAGAAGGAGAUGACGGGCGUGUGGCAUGUGCUCGACGCGUCGAUCGACGGCGACGGGCAGCCGCUGACGGUGCAGCUGCCGUUUGCACUGACGGUGCUCUACGCGCAAGCCUAUUUUGCCUGCGGCCAGCAGCGGCGGGGCAUCGAGAUGCUCUGGGCGCGGUACGCACACUGCCAGCGCGCCGCUGCGCACGACAGCGCAGUGUGGAACGGGCGCAGAGUCCGUGUCGGCCUCCUUCUUGCGUCGGCACUCGCCGAGAUCGAGGCAUACGACGCGGCCGCAUCGGUCGCCGACGCGCUGUCUGAGCGCCUCCCCCGCCCGCUGGUGGAGAGCGACGCGCUGACAGCGCUGACCCUCGCACGUAUCUAUAUACAGAUGGGCUGCCUCGCGUCCGCCGACGAGCUCGUCGCCGCGGCGUCCCACGCGCCGAAAAACGCGUACGACGGCCACGCGGCGCUCGCGCGCCUCGUGCGUGAGCCGCAUACCCACGUCCUCGACGCGUACGCGGACGACGCCGACCAGUCGCUUGCCAAUGCGGCCGCAGUCGACGCAUUCUAUCGCGGCGACCUCGACCAAGGGACGGCGUUCCUCGAAAAGUAUAUGCAGGCGCAUCCUACGACGUUUGCUAUGGCGCGGGGUCUCGGCGGCAACCUUGUCACGCUCCAUACCAUGGGACCUCACAACGGCGCACACGACCGCCAGCGCAUUAUCCGCCACGUCGUCGAGGCCGCCGGCGACGAUCCGACCGCCGUCGACAGCCGCAUGGCGUAA